GGGCUAUACGCCAUGACGUCAUCGCGCAGAAUGACCUCCGCCACACCGCCCGCCGCAGCAUUUUCUCCAUCAAGCCGCUCAACUACCGUAAACUCAGCACGGAGAGGCAUCUAUCAUAAACGACACAAACAGCGUCUUAUCGGCUGACCGAUCCAGCUCAUCAUCGGACAUGGAAGCGGCGUCCUCCUCCUCCAGUCGGUGCAGCUACACUUAUGAAGAGUACAAGGAGACAGCAGACUGGCUGCUGGCCCACACAGCGCAGCGUCCUAAAGUGGCCAUCAUUUGUGGUUCAGGCCUGGGUGGGCUGGCUGAUCUGCUGGAUGACAAAACUGCGUUCCCUUAUAAGGACAUCCCACGUUUCCCGACUAGCACUGUGCCAGGCCAUAUUGGUCAGCUGGUGUUCGGAAAGCUGCAGGGUCGUGAGUGUGUUUGCAUGCAGGGACGAUUCCACUUCUAUGAGGGCUAUAACAUAAACACGGUGACAUACCCAGUGCGAGUCUUCUACCUGCUGGGCGUGGAAACUCUGAUUGUGACAAAUGCAGCGGGGGGACUCAAUGGCAGCUAUGAUGUGGGUGACAUCAUGCUCAUUAAGGAUCACAUCAACAUGCCAGGCUUUGCAGGGCAGAACCCGCUGUGUGGGCACAAUGAUGACAGGUUUGGAGUGCGUUUCCCUUGCAUGUCGGAUGCAUAUGAGCGUGAUCUGAGGGCUCUGGCCAAGAAAACAGCAGAGGAGCAGGACUGCGGUAGCUUCCUGCAGGAAGGGGUUUACUGCAUGCUGGCUGGACCAACAUACGAGACCAUUGCAGAAUGCAAAGUCCUGCAGACGCUGGGGGCUGAUGCUGUGGGUAUGAGCACAGUCCCAGAGGUGGUGGUGGCUCGUCACUGUGGCUUGCGUGUCUUGGGUCUGUCGCUCAUUACCAACAAGGUCGUGACAGAUUAUGACAGCAGUGAGAAAGCAAACCAUGAGGAGGUGCUAAGGACCACCCAACGCCGAACCCAGGACCUCCAGAGGCUUGUCAGCAACCUCAUCACUAAGAUCUAGUACCUCAAUCCAAAAUCUGCUGGCACAAAAAAAAAAAAAAAAGAUUUCCAGCCUUUAACUUGGUUACUGGUGAAAUGACAAUUAUGAUAUGGCUUGGUAUGUGCAGGUGGUGAGUUGUUCAAGUUGGGGGUAUAGGUUAUUACUCUCAAUCAGGUAAUGUGGUUAACUGGGUGACUGAGUGAGUGAGAAUGUUUUAAGGUGGAGAUCAGAGUAAAGAAAAAAAUGUUUGUGAAUGUCAAAAUGGCACUGAGAGGAAUGUCCACAGCUUUUAAUGUAUGUUGAUGAUGUAAGUGGCUAGUUUGCUAUUCAGUGCUACCACAGCAGGACUUUCACAAACUAAGAAAUGAAGCCUUGAUCCAGUCCCAAUGAAUUAGCUUCAUGGAGAACUUACAGUCUGAGAUGCUUGUCGAAAAACAAGCCGACGAAAAAAUGAUGUUGACAGUCAAAUAUUGUGACAGCUAGCUAAAUUUGUUCAUUAUCGGUAUAAGGGUAUGUAUAAAUCAAAGAGCAACAAUUAGCCAGUUAGUCAUUAGUGAAAAAAUUUUAAUGGAAGACAGUGGUUUUGUUUUAUUUGUUUUGAGUUUGACAAUUUUUGGCUUAGCACUGUCCAAUCCUUUGAGUCAGGUAAAGAUAAUAGGUAAAUCAUGUUGGAGAGCGGGACUAAGUGGCUCGUGUGAAUCAUGAGAUCUGGAAACCAGGCUAUGGAAACGUGGCGAAAGUAGAAUUUGUUUCAGAAUGAACGACUUGUAUUUGAAUCCAGAUCUAGAAUAUUACGGUGGUUAAGAUCAUGACUUAUAACACAGUAUACUAUUCCCUUUUGAAAUGGCCAUGGUCUUAUAUGCCCCAGUUGAUAGAUCAAUAAACGUGAUAGGGAUACAGCGAUGUCCAUUUUACAACCCCCACCGGUAUGUAUCUCUAUCUUGCAGUAGUGCUGGAGGGUUGUUGGGGGUAUCCUCACAUAUUCUGUUAGGUCUGGAGUGGCAGCAUAUAAAAAGACAGGGACCUCUCAAAUGGCUGAUGACCAAAUACUUGAGUCUGUCUAAGCAAUAUCAUGAAUAUAAAACAGUUUUAUGGACACAUUCAAUGUUAAGAUAUAAUGAGACAGUUGUUGUUUAGAGAUUAUAUUAUUCAUUAGGACUGAGUUGUUUGUUUUGUUUUUUUUUUACCUCAUCUUUAGAUGAUUGUCUAUCAUUAAGCUUUACAUAUAAUUACUUACAACCGUUCAGUUCAGCCUGGUGCUUGUUAAUUGAUACCCUCCAUUCUUUAUACUUAAAUUUGUUAUAUGAAUACAUGCUAUACUGUAUAUUUUAUUAGCCUUUGGCAAGAGCAAUUUAUACAAGGUGUAUUCAGAGGACACUGCAUUUAUGGGUUGGUCUUGACAUGUUAGUGUAGGGCUAAAGGAAACAGCCUAUUCCUAUUUGAGCAGGGUUAAUCCAUGUCUUCGAAGUGAAUUCACAUUAUAAUAGCUGCUAAGAGAAUAUAGAAUAAUUCUUGUGAUCAAACAGGAUCAUUGGGAGCAAUUGGCACCUAUGUUUCUUUAUUUUGUGAUUGCUUGUAAUUAUUGAUGCACAAUAAAUAUGUAUUUUAGCUAUUAAAUUUAAACUGAAUAUAUUUACAUUCCUCUAUAACUGAAUCAGAGUUAUUAUUUAUUUUUGAAGUAGGCAAAUCACUUAUUUUAACUAUCUAAUGUAUUAUUGAUAAAAGGAUAUGAGAAAAUGAUUUUGCAGGCACAACAGUCCUCUUUGAUUUAGAUCAUUGGAUUAAUCUAAAAAAAAAUCUAAUGUAUCACAAUAAAGCACACUAUAAUCUUAAAGAAAUACCUAAGGUCAAAGGCUAAUCUGCUCAAGCAGUAGUGAUGUAUGGGGGUUUUUCUGUGGUGGAUGGCGUUUGGAUCAAAGUUAUUUGCACACACACACAAGACCACAACACUGUAAUAUCUGGAAGGGCUAUCAUACCAAGUCCUGCAGUUUUCAAUCUCUCUGUGCUGAUCUGGAACCUCCUGCCAGGUUCCCUUCACCGUCUUAUUCAUUAGAGCUGGAAAGGCCAGAGAAAUCCUAGAUCAGCAGUCUACCUCUUAGACCAUUUGUAUCAGGCUAAACAUCAAGAUGCUAAUGGAAGUCUUAAAGGGGAAUUCCACUCAGAGCGAAGCCUGCCAUCAUCAAAAUGUAAAAUCUGGGGUUUCCCCAUACAUAUACUCCUAUAUUAUAUACUACUUAUAUAUACAGUAUAUACUCUGUACUAAGGCAUAUAAUCUCCAAAAAAAGCCUUAAGGAUGCAUCUAUUACUACCAUGUUUGCCAUUUUCCUGUAUGGGCAUAACUCUAAAUUUUGCAUUUUGUUCCAUUGUUAGUCUUCUGUUUUCUGGUUUGUGAAGUCUUCCUCAUGUUUGUUUUAUGUAGUGUAUGCUUCAUAAUAUUUACUGUAUCCAGGUCUCAGGUUAGAAUCUAAUUCACUUAUAUGACAAAUCUGCAACGUCUCUAUUGACUUGAAACAAUUCAUUUUCACACAAAAUGUUGCUACUGUCAAAUAAAAACUUGCCUUUGA